GCAACCGCUCUUUGGUGUAUGAAUAUAGUAAUAGCUCAGUAGUCACGGUGGUCUCCAGUAUUUACAACUUUUCAGAAAAGAAAUAUUGUUUCGGUUCUCAAAAUCUCAAGGCAGUUUAUGCGCAGCCAGGACCAAAAACUAGGACUAUAGCCAGUGGAAGAUUAUUAACCCGGUUCUAAAAGUGUGAAAAAAGGCUCCCCACGUUGCAUGAUUGAUGCACUGCUGUAUGACGAUGACUGACAAGUAAAGAUGAGCGAUCUUGAAAAAUAAAAGCCUCUAUAAAAAAAAUGUCGAAAUUUCACAAUUUUCUAGAUAUUAAAAAAUAUCAGUUAUGCAAUUUUUUUAUAUAUUUGAAAUUAAUGAUAUAGUGAAAAACUUUGGAAGUAAAGUUCAAGAGCAGCAGCAAUAUUCGGGAGAAUCAAGUAAAAACAUUUUAAAGGUUCCACUAUUUAGUGAUACCAUUUCAGUGUGGUUUCAUGUCUAAGUGUGACUAAAGUUACAUCGUUAAUGAUGAAUUCGGUCAUUUCACCAACACUGUUGUUGUGCUACAUGUACUUUCUUCAAGGUCUUCCAUAUGGUUUGCAAGCUCGAUUCUUACCCAUUUAUUUCCGGGUAAAUGGCAUGUCUCUUUCAAACAUUAGCUUCAUUAAGAUAUUGUUCUUUCCCUGGUUGUGCAAAUUUUUAUGGGCGCCUUUGGUAGAUCACUAUGGCAACAAAAGUAUCUGGCUUACAUGGAGCAUGCUUGGCCUAUGUAUAACCAGCAUAAUAGCGGCAUGUUUCGAGCCUCACUGGCUGCUGCCUCUUUGUAGCAUUCUCUUUCUUUUCAACUUCCUCACAUCUACUCAAGACAUUGCAACAGACGGUCUGGCAAUAGAGAUCCUUGCAGCAUCUGAGAUUGCUAAUGGCAACAUUGCACAGGUCGUUGGCUAUAAGAUUGGUGCCAUUGUGGGAGGUGGCCUUUUGACCUGGUUGAGUGACUACUUCAGUUGGGGAACAAUCUUCACCACACUUGCUGUGAAUUAUGCAAUGGCAGUUUAUGUUGUAAAGAAUUUAGUUCCCAAAUGCAGAUAUGCUUAUAUUGAAAUGACAGUACCAGAACCACGGGAUUUACAACAGACCAGAGAUGACUACCACCUAAAAGAAACUACAUUGCCUCAGUCAGGGGUUUCAGCAGACAAUGUUUCGAAUACCUGCUGUACCUCUGAGCAUAUCAAGUCUAGCCUUAAAAAUGUAAACAAUAGUUUAGUAACUUAUAAAACAACAAAUUCUAGUGAGAGGCAGCUUCAGGAAUCCUGCAUGCACAGCAAGUGUUCAAAUUCCCGUGGUGUACCUACUGUAGCUGGUAAAGAGAAUUAUGGCCAAAGUGGAGAUCACUGGAUAAAAAAGCACUUUUCAGAAGUUUUGAGUACAGAAGGCACCAUUUGGAUACUGGUAUUUGUAAUGCUAUAUAAGCUUGGUGAACAGGGAGCAUUAAACAUGAUGCCCAUGUUUCUGAUUGACCAUGGGAUGAUUGCAGCUGAUGUGGGAGUAUGGACUGGUGUGGUGGGUCAAACUGUAUCCAUUGCAGGAUCGCUUGUUGGUGGCAUGGUGGUCUCAUCACAGAGGUACACAAGCUUGAGUCUGCUGAAGAGUCUAAUUAUCAUGAAAGUUCUGGUGCUGUCUGCUGAAGCUUCUGUAAUCUUUGUGGCUGAUAAGCAUAUGCCUUUGGACACUGCCAAAAACCUGUGUAUAAUAUUGAUGCUGCUGCUUCUGGUUGUCAGCGGGAGCAUCUCCACAGCUGCCUUUACACUGAUGAUGCAGUGUUCCCGAAGAGCCAAGGCAACAUGUCAAGCAAGUCACUAUAGUCUUCUUGCAACAGCAGAAGUGCUUGGCAAGCUUCUCUUUUCAGUGUUUGUUGGUGCUCUGACAGAUGCUGUGGGUUAUCCAUGGGCAUUUGGAUUGUUUACACUGCUGUCCAUUACAGUUCUGCCACUGUUCUCAUAUACACCACAUUGUCUUUUAAAUCACUCCUCUCAGAAUGAUGUAGAAAGGACAUCAAAAAUUCACUGAUGACAAAAUGGUGCAUAAUACUAUGUGGAAUAUGUGUGUAUUCUUGUAUGUUAUGCAUAUGUAAUGUGAGCAUGCACUGGAGAAUGAUAAAAUAUUUACUGCACUCUAUA